UUGGACGAGUUAGGGUGUCGCUGCUCCUGAUUGCUCUGGCCAAUGGAACCCGAUCCACCCUGCUGUGCGUAAGAGCGCAAUUAAGGAUUUAACCAAGCCUAUGCUGCGCCCCAGCCAGCAGUCUGCCAGAGACAGAGACAGACACAGAGACUCAAAGACUCCCAGCCUCCUCCCCCAGACAUGUCUGCUUAGCCCUGAGCAGCCCCAGCAGCCAGCCCCAGCAAGCAGCCGUCUCCAAGCUAUGACAGGAGUAUUUGACAGAAGGGUCCCCAAUAUCAGAUCCAGCGAUUUCCAGGCUCCUUUCCAGACGUCUGCAGCCAUGCACCAUCCGUCUCAGGAAUCUCCAACUUUACCCGAGUCCUCGGCUACGGAUUCUGACUAUUAUAGUCCAACGGGGGGAGCCCCGCACGGCUACUGCUCGCCUACCUCGGCUUCCUACGGCAAAGCGCUCAAUCCGUACCAGUACCAGUACCACGGCAUGAAUGGACCUGCUGGGAACUAUCCUGCCAAAGCCUAUGCAGACUACGGCUACGCGAGUCCUUACCACCAGUACAGCGGGGCUUACAACCGGGUUCAGAGUUCUUCAAACCAGCCAGAAAAAGAGGUGGCAGAGCCCGAGGUGCGAAUGGUGAAUGGCAAACCAAAGAAAGUGCGCAAACCCAGGACUAUUUACUCUAGCUUCCAGCUGGCUGCCUUACAGAGGAGGUUUCAGAAAACUCAGUACCUAGCCCUGCCAGAAAGAGCUGAACUGGCUGCUUCUUUGGGACUGACACAGACACAGGUGAAAAUUUGGUUUCAGAAUAAAAGAUCCAAGAUCAAGAAGAUUAUGAAAAACGGGGAGAUGCCUCCGGAGCACAGUCCCAGCUCCAGCGACCCCAUGGCGUGCAACUCUCCACAGUCACCUGCGGUUUGGGAACCUCAGGGCUCUUCCAGAUCCCUCAGCCAUCAUCCUCAUCCUCAUGCUCCAAACUCCAACCCAUCCCCUGCAUCCAGCUACUUAGAAACCUCCACUUCCUGGUAUUCCAGUGCUAACUCCCUCAAUUCCCACCUCCAGCCCCACGGCUCCCUACAACACCCGUUAGCGCUGGCCUCUGGGACAAUUUAUUAGACUAUUUUUUUCCCCGGACUCCUGUGUUUUACUGUUAAGGAAUCAUAACGAAAGGAAUGCCUGUGGGGGAGUUUUAAAGGGAAACAAAACAAAACAAAAAAGAUUAAAUGUGUAACGCUUGUGCAUGUAACUUAUUGCAUUUCAAAGGAGACCCUUUUUUUACAGACGGACAAUUUUUGCUCAGCUGUGGACACUAUCAAUGGUGCCUUGAAAUCUAUGACCUCAACUUUUCCAGAGACUUUUUUUCCCAAUGUUAUUUUAACCCUGUAAAUAAGUGUAGAUAGAGGGAUUAAACUGUAUAUUCUGAAUAAAUAAAAUUAUUUCGACCACGAGAGACGUUUCCAAAAUACCCCUUCUUCCAUUGCAAGGAGAAAAAAGAACAGCUUCCUUUGCUUUUCUUGUUUGUUGGCGAGAUAGAUUUUUAGGGCCCGAUCCUUGUGCAGAUAACGACUCCUUGCUCAAAGGCGCAGCCUCAUUGGAAGCACUAUGGACUGUAAAAGUUUACAGGCUCUGGCCCGUGUAGGCCCCCCCUUGUAAAUCUAGAGCUGCCCGCUAGGGCAGCUUUCAUCUGGAGAAUGGGCUUUUCAAAGACAAUUUGCACUUUACCCAACAUUAUUUACCAUUAAAAGAAAAGUACAAAUUUUAACACUGGGAAAGAGAAAUCUCCCAGUAAAGCCCCUCUGAAUCCUGGGCCGAGAGCAAUUAGCCUUGAGAGCUCCGCACUCGUCAGUCGCUGUGUGCGCUAGGGUAAUUAUACAAAUUACAUUUCCUUCAAAGGAGACUUCUGAAUGCGACAAAAGGAUAAAAUGAGGGCAAAACUCCCCUUGUGCCUAUUAAAAAGCGUGCGUCGGGUAGAGGCCAGCGGUAUCCUGUGAAUAAGGGAUGUUGGAGGAACCUUUUUAACUCUGUUCAUGGAAAAGCCCAGACCUCCAAGCGAUCGUUAUCUUCUUCAUAUUUAAAGUCUUACUGCAAUUAACGGGGACAAUUUUCAGAUAAGAGGCUGGAGAGCUGAUAAUGGGGCAGGAGAAAUGGCUUUCCCACAAUACACCGGACUGAUUCCAGUCGGGGGCAUCAGUGAUUGUAUUGUGUGAGCGGGACGUGACUUCAAAAUGUGUGCUUUGCUGUCGGCCUCCUCUUCUGCAGAAUAAAACCAUCUCAACACCCUUUAUUACUAUUUAUUUUCACCUGGAAGAAUUCCCCCCCUUGCAAUAAAAUAGCGGACAGGCAGGCGUCCCCUGUGCAAACAGAACAGCUGCUUUCCCAGGGCUGCACAGUGUCCUGCAGGGCCAGUCCCUGCAUGGGCCUUUAGCGGAGUUGGCCAGCUCUGGGGCAGAACUGAGCCAUCGCUAUUAAAACCUGGGCUAGAAAUAAGAAAAUGUAUGCGAAAUUGAUUGCAAUGCGGGAAAACUGCAGCGAUCAAUGUGACAAGGGGUUGGGUUUUUUUUGUUUUUCUUUUCCCCUGGGUAAGAACAUUAAAAAUGGCAUCCUGUCAGCUGAGGAGCUCAGUAAGAGCUGUUCCAGGGCUCGGAGACAAGACCUGAAAAGACACGCUUUGUACCCUCGGGCACAGUUACCUGUCUCUAGUCCCUUCUUCCCCGGCCCCCUCCUUCUUUUCUCCCUCCAUUCUUGACCUCCGUCCUUUUUUUUUUUUUUUUUUUUUUUUCCCCCUUCCAAAGAAAGAAGCCAAGGCUUGCUGUUUUGCAGCAGGUUGGGGGUGGGCGUGUGGGGGAGAGAGGAAUUGACUUUUAGUACAAUGGAUUAGUCUGUUCGUUAGAACUUCUUCUUGGACGUUGGGAAGGGGAGUGUGUGUGUGUGUGUGUGUGUGUAGGAGGGAGGUUUGUGCAGACACACGCGGACCCACAGACACAUGCAGCAUGCAAUGACUUCAUACGUGUGCCUUAGCUGGGGAGGGGGGUCGGUUAUCUGUAAACAUUUACUCUUUUUCUUUCAUUCAUUCAUUUUUUUUAACUCGCUGCUUACGGGGCAGCCUGCUCCAUUUUACGCAUUGUUCCGGUACGCCUCGGUUGCUUGUUGAGUAUUGCCUGCUGAUUGUAACUGUAAGGGUUGAGGGAAUUUCCAUUACUCUGAAGCUGCUGAAAAAACGCAACUUUUAACUCCUGCUAACUUCCUCUCCAUUUCUUUCUUGUUCUGUGCUCGUCCUGGCGCUGCUCUAGGCAAGCGUUAUUCUCAAAACAGCUUUUGAACCUGCUAUGGACGUUCCCCCCUUUUUGUGAUUCUCUGCCCUUUUGUUUUCAAGGUUAGGACAUAAAAAGUGGAAAUAUAUUUUCCAGAGUUUCCCCGUUUCUUUCUUUCUUUCUUUCUUUCUUUCUUUCUUUCUUUCUUUCUUUCUUAUGUUUGAUCCCAGGCACUUUGGUGGGUGGGGGAGAGGAAGAAAGAGGGGGGCAUUUCAUGGUCAGCCUUGACCUUGAAGCUUGGGGUCUAGGAUUGUUUAGCCUCUUAUUAAAAGCAACGGCUCCCGUUUCUGCGCGAAAACAACCAGCUCUGCUCGUAGAUAUUUGGAUUCAGCGUCAAUCCCACUCCAGGAUUUAAUUGCUUCUGAUUACGCCCCCCCCCAUAACCUCCCCCCAGAAACACGCUGCCCCUGAUGCUGGGCAGAUCUGCGAUGGUGUAAUGCCCCGGAGCUCUCAGGCCAGGUAUGUCAAGAAGACUAGGCCUGGAGAGAGGCUAGGUAUAAAUCCCCCGGUGUAUACUAGUGUAUAUGCCCAUCACUGAAAUAGGUGGCUGUGUACACACCCUUGCCGGAGCUGCUGUGUGAAAGCCAUCAUCAGAUCAGAUGCGCGCACAUCAAUAUCUAGCUAACGCUGCUUGGACCCGCGUGGGACGGGAUAGAUGUUAGGACACUUCUCCCCAUCCCUGUGUGCUCCUCUCCAUCACAACAGCCGGUCCCCGUCCAGCUCUGGGCUCUCUCCAGCCCUCUCCGGGUAAGAGACCAGAUGAACUGGCCUUUGUCUGACGUUCAGUCUGUACUCGGCGACUUGCUGCCUUUUUCUUUCUUUUUUUUUUUUUUUUCCUGGCGGCCAUGUGGAGUUGGGGCAACCCGGGGAGCCGAGAGGAGCCGCAUUCCUGUGGGUGCCGAGCGGCUCCAGGGCUGAGCCGCAGGGCCUCACACCCACACCCACACCCCGUCCUGACAGUGCACCCACACAGGAGUUUACCCCCACGCGGCUCCACCAUGCUCGCCCCUGGAAAGCACACACACACACACACACACACACACCCCUGCCGCCGCGACACACACAAAGUCCCCGCUUCGCCUCUGCCCUGCAGCGUCCUCCUUGGCACCCGAUCGCUCCGGAUAUCACAGUAACAGAUGUCGGAUAAAUCAUCCAGGAGCCUCUCUCUGCCGGGCUCCCCUAAUCCCGUGUCUCUGCUGGGCUCCCUUAUUACAGACAAACCGUCCCCUCCUGACUCCGGGUCACUCGCCGUAAUAUCUCCCGGGGCCUUUCUCCGGAUGGAGAGCCCUUCACCCCCGAGAAAUGUCCAAGUUUCCUUCCGAGCACAUACACACACGCCAACCUGUCACCACACAAACCCCAGCCAGCGCAGGCAGGCAUUUUUCUCGCUUUCACUUCUCUAGGGCUCCCCAAUAAAUUAUCCCGAGCUGCAACUAUUCCUUUGUACAGGCACUCGGGCCUCCAGACGUUACACAUUUC